AUGCUACUACUAGAGCACCUGCCAACAGACGUUCUCUUACACAUAUGCUCUCAGCUGCCGCUUCAAAGUAUUUUCUUUUUACGUCAGGUAUGUCGUAUCACUCGGGCAGUGACCCAAGAUCGGUCAUUGUGGAUCAAUAUUGUACAACAACUUGAGCUCGUCGACAACAGCUCACAUUUCCCCCCACAACUUCGGGCCUAUCGUAUCAUGAAUCUUUCUACAAUUAAGGCUCUUGUGUGGCGGACGCAUCGAUUGGCAGACAAAUGGGCGUCAGACGAUAUGGCUCCCAGCAAGACUGUUACUUUUGGGCUACCCCAAUCGAUUACUUGGCUCCGUCUGGUCGCAUCUCGUUGGUUAUUUGUGGCGUCUUCGGACAAUUAUGUCAGUAUCAUUGCCUGCUGGGAUAUCCUAUCGCUUUUUGAUGGCGACUUAUCGACGAUUGCGCUCGCCUACCUCCCAGGACGCGUCCAGACCGGUCAUCUAGAGAUACAAGGCUCGCAAAUAGUCAUUGCAUUGGGCCUUGGACCUGAAACGUCGUCUGUGCACGUUGUGGCCUUCGAGAGAACUUCCGAAAACGAUUUCUCGUUCACCGAGUUAGCGCGCUUUAAUAACUCCUCUCAUGUCUUGCUGCUUUUGGGAAGCCUCAUCGGCUGUGCUCUUCAUAAUGGAGACAAUAUCCCGCACUUCAUUGACUGGAGAACGCGGAAACUGAUACCAAUUCCUGAGCCACCAGGGGGUUUGAAUGUGCGAGACCGGAGAAGUGUACCACACGGCAUAUUUAGGCUUGAGGACUUGGUCGUUAUUGCGCGAACCACCCUUCUUGACGUAUACAGUAUCCAGGAAUCAACUCUUCAUUAUCUCAAAACAAUACGGACAUCGACUAUCUGGGAGGUUGUCGACUGCCGUCCCACGUCACAUGUCCUACGCCUUGUCAUCAUUUCUCCAGAAGGCGUCGAAAUCCUUGAUUUCGAGCACCAGACUUUGGCGUCAUCUGCAGAAGAUGUAACGAACUGGACUCAGCGAUGCGUCGCUAAAAUACCUCCACAUGAAGAGGAUGGCCAUAGGCGCAUGGUUGCACCGUGGUACAGUCUUCGUGUUGCAUCGAAUGGCACGAGAGCUUCGUGGGUUUCCGUUGCUUCAGGCUCCGCAAGGUUUGCAAGCCCUUACUUUGUGUCUGCCACCCUUCCUCUGCCAGACGACCUGGAGAGCAGCACCAACUCAUCUUUUUGGAGUCCCGGAGCUGCAAUGGACCCUGCAUUAUGGGCGGUCCCAGUCAUCGACAUGGAUGAAUCGCUGGGGUUAACUGUAUUCGGUAAUUGCUUCGGCGAGCUCGCCGUGUAUGAUCACUGCAGCCAACCUCUUUCCAUGUGCUUUGAUCCCAACGACUUGAUGUUGAAUGUGUCGAGAGAAACCGUUUCACCAUCGCCGUUGAAUACCCUGAUUACCCUUAACAUUCCCUUUGCGCCGCAGCGCGGAAUGUCUGAUGAAGAACUUCAAUGUUCGACCGCUCGAUGGUCAAAGGACGACAUUCAUUUGGCGAGACCCUAUUGGCAAGACGACUGGGUUGCGUUGGAUUACUUCGACCAACGUUUGUGGAGCGGGAAUCCAUGUGACUGGGCCUGGAUCCUCGCUCAUGCGUUUGGAUUUCCGGGGGAGGUGAUUCCGCAAGGCUACGGCGAUAACUAUGUUGAGUGUACCCAGACGCUCUUGUUCAGGGUUGGCUCACAGUAUUUUGUUCAUUCCACUGACGGCGACUUUGCUAUCCACGUACCACAACAAUUUUCAGAUGGUCGAUUAUUCUUCCCGAGUCUCCUUCGACCUCUCCAAGAUGUGCCAUGCACAUCGAGGACGAUGCUGACCCAAAGCAUGGUCUAUCACACUUUUUCGAGGGAGUGUUGGCCGGACUCAGUCACGCCUCGGAAUCGCUGGUAUGAGAUGUGCAUCAGGGGAGGUUGUGUUGACUGGGAAAAUCUCCCCAAAUCGACUGUCUAUCCUGAUGUGACUCAGUUGGUGUGGCCGUAA